AUGCGCUGUUCUUGGAUGAGCCGGUGUAUCAUGGCGACAUACGUGGAUAUUCUGAAGAGCGAGUUUCCCGAAAUUGACACUGAAGUGUUCGAAUAUAUCACGGGGGUGUUGGACUGUGGAGGGGCGGAGUUUGAGGAUGGAGAGGAGGUGUAUGAUGCGAUUGGUGGGCUGCUGCAGGGGUCAUCGGCUGACUGUAAAAACGAGGAUGACAUCCGGGACAUCUGUCAGCAGAUGUUCAACACUCUUAAACUGAGUAACGGCCAUGCCGCUUCAAAGCAAGUGCUGCUCGACACUCCGGUGCAGUUGUCUCAGAUAUCUGCAGAGUGUGUAUCUGUCACUAACGAUGUCCAAGGGAUCUGGAUGAUGAAGAGGGGCCAGAAUACAACGGUGGACGCGAGGAAGCUGGAGAAGGCCGAAGCCAAGCUGAAGCAAAAACAAGGGAGGCGGAAUGAACGGGAUUCGCAAAAAACAACUAGUCCACUGGUACUGGAGGAGGCAUCAGCCAGCCAGGCAAGUAGCAAAAAGGACAGUCGCGUCGACUUGUCCGGGAAGAAUCGCACCUACGACAUCCGCAUCGAGAACUUUGACGUGUCGUUUGGCGAGCGGUCCUUGCUGCAGGGGGCGGAGCUGUCGCUGUCGACAGGUCGCCGCUACGGCCUGAUUGGCCGCAACGGCCUUGGGAAGACCACGCUACUGAAGAUGCUGGCGAGCCGCAGCCUGCGCGUCCCUGCCCACAUCACGAUCCUGCACGUGGAGCAGGAGGUCGCUGGCGACGACACAGGGGCGCUGCAGAGCGUGCUUGAGAGCGACACGGUCCGGGAGGGGCUCCUGACGGAGGAACGCCUGCUGAAUGCGCGCAUAGCCAACGGAACUGCUGAAGGAAUGGAGACUGUUCGACUGUCGGAGAUCUAUGCUAAACUGGAGGAGAUUGAAGCAGAUAAGGCACCUGCCCGUGCUUCAAUCAUCCUAUGUGGUUUAGGUUUUUCUCCCAAAAUGCAAACGCUGACAACCAAGGAGUUUUCUGGAGGGUGGCGAAUGAGAUUAGCUCUGGCUAGAGCUCUCUUCGCCAAGCCUGAUCUUUUGUUACUUGAUGAGCCCACUAACAUGUUGGAUGUCCGAGCCAUUCUUUGGCUUGAGAAUUACCUGCAGACCUGGCAGACCACCAUCCUGGUGGUGUCCCACGACCGGAACUUCCUCAACGCCGUGGUGACUGACAUCAUCCACCUGCACUCGCAGCGGCUGGAGAGUUACCGCGGCGACUACGAGAACUUUGUCAAGACCAAAGAGGACCGCCUGAAGAACCAGCAGAGGGAGUACGAGGCCCAGUUUCAGUACAGAGAGCACAUCCAGGUGUUUAUCGACCGGUUCAGAUACAACGCCAACAGAGCGGCACAGGUGCAGAGCAAACUGAAGCUCUUAGAAAAACUGCCUGAACUCAAACCUCUGGAGAAGGAAACCGAAGUCACCUUAAAGUUCCCUGAUAACUUUGAGAAGCUGUCUCCCCCGGUGCUCCAGUUGGAUGAGGUGGAGUUCUACUAUAACACUGACCAGCGCCUCUUCACACAGCUGUCUGUGUCUGCAGACCUGGAGUCUCGCAUCUGCAUCGUGGGUGAGAACGGGGCGGGUAAAUCCACCAUGCUCAAGCUACUGAUGGGAGAGUUAACGCCUGUCAACGGCAUCAGACACGCCCAUCGGAACCUGAAGAUCGGUUAUUUCAGUCAGCACCACGUGGAUCAACUGGACCUCAACGUGUGUUCAAUUGAGCUGCUACUCAACAAAUUCCCAGGUCGUAACGAGGAGGAGUACAGACACCAGCUGGGUGGCUAUGGAAUAACAGGGGAGCUGGCAACUCGGCCUGUGGCCAGUUUGUCAGGAGGGCAGAAGAGCCGGGUUGCCUUUGCUCAGAUGACAAUGCCUUGCCCCAACUUCUAUAUCCUUGACGAGCCAACCAAUCACCUGGACAUGGAAACGAUCGAGGCUCUAGCGAAAGCGCUCAACAAAUUCAAAGGUGGAGUGGUCCUUGUCUCUCACGACGAGCGUCUGAUCCGGCUCGUGUGCAGAGAGCUGUGGGUCUGUGAGCACGGGAACGUGCGGCGAGUGGAGGGGGGCUUCGACGAGUACCGGGAUAUCUUGCAAGAACAGUUCCGCAAGGAGGGCUACCUGUGAGUGGUAACUCACCCAUUACGUCAAUUAUGACAGUCAUGCCAAGUUGCCAAUUGACUUCAAUAACCUAAAGCCCCCCCCCCACUCUUCACUCCCUGACUGCCAAUCAUCAUCCCCGGGGGGAGAACUGAGUUUAACUGGCCCGGCAUCCUCUCUGCUCCCCCACACUACCGUUUUUGUUUUGUUUGUGAUUUAGUUCGGCCCGGCAGUUCAAAGUGGCGUACUCUUGUCCAUUGCCCUGAAGCAGAUACGUUUUAGGGUACAUGGAGGGUACAAAAUCUGUCCACAUGGAAUGUCGAUUGUGUGCGUACUCUGAAACUGCUCCGGCCUCCAUGUUGAAUAUGUGUGUGAUUGUGUGCGAGAGAGGAUACAUUUCAAGUGAUAUGGAAUGAUGUUUCUCCUGAACAUGUGUGCUCGUGAUGGAGAGGGAUCAUCUCUUAAUCAGUGGAACAUGGGGCUGAGCUGAAAUGGAACCCGGUUCCCUACAUAGUGCAGUAUUUUGGGAACAAGCCAAAAGUGCACCAUAGCGUCAUUUCAGACACCCCUGGUCGUGUUCACUGGGCACCAAACAGAAGAAAACAGUCUGAAAUGGAGGGACUACGUGGACUUGUUCAAUAAGAAACGCUCCUUUUCUGUUCCAAAUGUUUUCUGUUGCGUACCCUAAUGAACACGAUCCCGGAAACAUCCAUAUGUUUUAGCAUGGGAAUCCACCAGCACAACAACAACUGGUACAACAGCAGCAGCUGGCUCCAGGUCUCUUGGGAAGAAGCAGCAGUAUCUCCAAGUAAAGAGGGGUAUUAUAUUAUAUAUAUAUAUACAUACAUACAUCUUAAAGACAAUUAUCAGAAUAAAAGACGAAAUUCCUUCUGCUUCAACGUUAUAUCACUAACUUAUAAAUAGCUGUUGAAAGAACUAUUCAAUCAUAACACCAUGCUAAAUAAAAAGCUUUAAUCAUCCA